AUGGCAGCUCCCAUUGAGUCGACAGAUGUUUUGGCCGAAGACAAAUUAGUUGUUUUGUGGCCAGAAUACCCGUCCCUGUACGAUGUACGUUCGCCUGACUUUAGAGACAGGGACCAGAGACAGCAGGCGAUCAAAGAAAUCGCCGAAAAGAUACAACGGACAGGCGAUUGGGUGAAAACCCGGCUGAGACAGCUGCGUAAUACUUUCACAAGAAACAACAAACCAGCGACCAGUGGAAGUGCUCGGAAAAGUCUUACAAAGAGGACAGCGUGGCUGAUGGAGAAGCUCCAAUUCCUAGCUCCAUACGUGGCUACUCGCAUCACCACAAGUAACCUUCAAUCACGUUCGUCUUCUCCAUCCAGUCCGAGUGCACCUGCUGAUGACAACUCGAUCGUUGACUAUGAUGACACUGACGCUCUUGUCGAAGAUGAGGAUGAUGAUGGUGCCCUGGUGAAUUUGACAGCGCCUAAAUCUACCAAGAUGCCCACAAGAAAAAGGCCCAAGAAAGGAAAGGAUGAUGAAGAAUUGAAGAUAAUGCAAAGUUUAGCAAGCUCCAUCAGCCGGAGUAAAGAACAAGCGACUGAUGAUUGGACCUUAUUUGGCCAGUUUGUUGCAGAGUCUCUUAGAAAGUUGGAAGGCAAGACACAAUACACUGCACAGCAUCUUAUAAAUAAGGUGAUAUUUGAUGCGAAGAUGGACUUGCUGAAUUCAAACCCGCAGCCGCUGCAGCAGACACAAUACCCUUUUCCCCAGCAACCACAGAUGUUCUCUUCAACCCAGCUGCCUUUUCCUUCUGGGCAACAGUCACAGAUGCUUCCUCCAACCAUUCAGUCACCCAUGUUCCCUCAAACCCAGCCACCCCAAAUGUUCCAUCAACCACUUCCUCAGCAACACUCAAACAUGCCUCCAUUCAACACCCAAGAGAGUCAUCAAAUGUUUUCACAGGGUGAGGUCUCACGUAACUGCCAGGAACAACCGCGUUCCUUUCUUGGGGAACUUAACUUUGCCCCUCAGACAACCAUCACUCCAACCAAUGAGGAGCAAAAUACUCCAUCACUGACUCCAAUAUAACUUGGCGUCCAUUGCAAUACAUGUAGUCUAUGUGCCAAUUGGAGACACUAUCAGUUGUAAUUUUUUUAUGUUCUUUUUAAGAUUAGUGUUGGUGUUUCGAACAUAACUCAUUCGGGUUUUUGACAAAGUAAUAUUGUCAGAUUGUUUUGAUAAUU